AUGGCGUCCGCGCAUAGCCUCAAGGAUCUGCCGCAGAAAGGGCCACUAAGUGUGCCUGAGUCUCAAUUUACACCAGAAAGAUUUCGGUCAGGAUCGGUUCUUAAGGCUGCUCAACGGAAGGUUGACAAGCGGCUUCUGUGCUGGUAUGCUUUUGUCCUGCUGUUCAUGCGGACCAACAUGAUCAACAUCUCCAACACAGCCAUCAUGAACCUCGAAGAAGGCAACGGCAUCAAGAAAGAGUUAGGAGGUCUAACAUCUGCCGAGUGGGCAUGGGCUUUGAGCAUCUUCUACUACCCAUACAUGGUCUUCGAACCUGUGGCCACGCUCGCACUGAAACACUUCAAGCCAAACGUCUGGAUGUCGCGGAUAAUGAUAACAUGGGGUAUCAUUUCGAUGUGUCAAGCCGCCACACAGAACUACGCAGGUAUCCUGGCGUGCCGCUUCUUCCUCGGUGCAGCCGAAGCAGGCUUCUACCCGGGGGUGCUUUUUCACAUGAGUUUCUGGUAUUCGACAGAUCAUCUGCCGUUACGGAUCGCUUUCCUUUAUGCUUGUGGUAUGUUCGCGGGGACGGUUAGCGGAUUGCUGGCCUACGCAGUCUCCUACAUGAACGGCGUUGCUGGACUUAGUGGUUGGAGAUGGCUGUUCAUACUCGAAGGUAUUCCUGCUGUCCUAUUCUCUGUCUACACUUGGUUCUAUUUACCGAACUAUCCGGAGACUGCGGAUUUCCUCAGUAAUGAAGAACGUGCAGCAAUUGUUGCAGAUCUACCAAACCAGGCACCGACGAUGCAUGCAAAGACUUUCGACUUCGACCAGAUCAGGGAGCUAUUCAGAAGUACAACAUUUGUCCCCUUCUUGAUGAUAUGGAUUACACAUGGGAUAGGCGGAUGGGGUAUCUCGUUUGUGUUGCCGACUGUGAUCCAUGAGUUGGGGAUUUCCAAUACCGCGGUUUCGCAAGUAAUGACUAUGCCUCCCUUCACGCUUGUGUUCAUUAUCUUGUGCGGGCUGGCUUGGUUCAUCCACACCAAGCGCCUAUCGCCUUGGGUAGCUGCCCUGGGUGUUGAAAUCGCACAGAUAGUGUGCUAUAUCCUCUUGAUCACCGUUAAGCAGCCGGUUGCUAAGUAUCUCUUCGUCAUGAUUGCAACUGCAGCGUCACAAUCAUUUUUCGCAAUAAUUUGGCCAGAGCGCAUCCGCGCAGCAAGGGGCACCACAACUGCUGGCCUUGCGAUUGGGAUCACAAACGCCAGUUGCCAAUUCAUGGGAAUUGUAGGACCACAGAUCUACCAGCCAAAAUUUGGUCCUGCAUAUCGCGUGAGCUACAUUUGCUCAAUCGCGCUUUUGGUGACGUGCGUGGGCGCAGUUCUGACAAGCUGGGUAUUCGUUAUGAAAGAUGACAGGAGAAGAGAGUUGGAAGAAACCGAGAUAAAGACACCCGUUGCCUAG